GCGUCGGUGGCGCGCGCGCUCCCUCCUCUCGGAGAGAGGGCUGUGGUAAAAAGCCGUCCGGAAAAUGGCCGCCGCCGCCGCUGCCGCGCCGAGCGGAGGAGGAGGAGGAGGCGAGGAGGAGAGACUGCUCCAUAAAAAUACAGACUCACCAGUUCCUGCUUUGAUGUGACAUGUGACUCCCCAGAAUACACCUUGCUUCUGUAGACCAGCUCCAACAGGAUUCCAUGGUAGCUGGGAUGUUAGGGCUCAGGGAAGAAAAGUCGGAAGACCAGGACCUCCAGGGCCUCAAGGACAGACCCCUGAAGUUCAAAAAGGUGAAGAAAGAUAAGAAAGAAGACAAAGAGGGCAACAAGCAUGAGCCUCUGCAGCCGUCAGCCCACCACUCUGCCGAGCCAGCGGAGGCGGGCAAAGCGGAGACAUCGGAAGAGUCGGGCUCUGCCCCGGCUGUGCCAGAAGCUUCUGCUUCCCCCAAACAGCGGCGUUCCAUCAUUCGUGACCGGGGACCCAUGUACGACGACCCCACCUUGCCUGAAGGCUGGACAAGAAAGCUUAAGCAAAGGAAGUCUGGUCGCUCUGCUGGGAAGUAUGAUGUGUACUUGAUCAAUCCCCAGGGAAAAGCCUUUCGCUCUAAAGUGGAGUUGAUUGCAUACUUCGAAAAGGUAGGCGACACCUCCUUGGACCCUAAUGAUUUUGACUUCACGGUAACUGGGAGAGGGAGCCCCUCCCGGCGAGAGCAGAAACCACCUAAGAAGCCCAAAUCUCCCAAAGCUCCAGGAACUGGCAGAGGUCGGGGACGCCCCAAAGGGAGUGGCACUGGGAGACCCAAGACAGCGGCCUCAGAAGGUGUUCAGGUGAAAAGGGUCCUGGAGAAAAGCCCUGGCAAGCUCCUUGUCAAGAUGCCUUUCCAACCAUCGCCUGGGGGCAAGGGCGAAGGGGGCGGGGCCACCACUUCGGCCCAGGUCAUGGUGAUCAAACGCCCCGGAAGGAAGAGAAAGGCCGAGGCUGAUCCCCAGGCCAUUCCCAAGAAACGGGGCCGAAAGCCCGGGAGUGUGGUGGCGGCGGCUGCUGCCGAGGCCAAAAAGAAAGCCGUGAAGGAGUCUUCCAUCCGGUCAGUGCAGGAGACCGUGCUCCCCAUCAAGAAGCGCAAGACCCGGGAGACGGUCAGCAUCGAGGUCAAGGAAGUGGUGAAGCCCCUGCUGGUGUCCACUCUUGGUGAGAAGAGCGGGAAGGGACUGAAGACCUGCAAGAGCCCUGGGCGGAAAAGCAAAGAGAGCAGCCCUAAAGGGCGCAGCAGCGCCAGUGCCUCCUCACCCCCCAAGAAGGAGCACCACCAUCACCACCACCACUCAGAGUCCCCAAAGGCCCCGACACCACUGCUCCCACUCCCGCCCCCACCCCUGCCUGAGCCAGAGAGCUCUGAGGACCCCACCAGCCCCCCUGAGCCUCAGGACUUGAGCAGCAGCGUCUGCAAAGAGGAGAAGAUGUCCCGAGGAGGCUCACUGGAGAGUGAUGGCUGCCCCAAGGAGCCAGCUAAGACUCAGCCCGCGGUCGCCACCGCCGCCACAGCCGCAGAAAAGUACAAACACCGAGGGGAGGGAGAGCGCAAAGACAUUGUUUCAUCCUCCAUGCCAAGGCCAAACAGAGAGGAGCCUGUGGACAGCCGGACGCCCGUGACCGAGAGAGUUAGCUGACUUUACACAGAGCGGAUUGCAAAGCAAACCAACAAGAAUAAAGGCAGCUGUUGUCUCUUCUCCUUAUGGGUAGGGCUCUGACAAAGCUUCCCGAUUAACUGAAAUAAAAAAUAUUUUUUUUUCUUUCAGUAAACUUAGAGUUUCGUGGCUUCAGGGUGGGAGUAGUUGGAGCAUUGGGGAUGUUUUUCUUACCGACAAGCACAGUCAGGUUGAAGACCUAACCAGGGCCAGAAGUAGCUUUGCACUUUUCUAAACUAGGCUCCUUCAACAAGGCUUGCUGCAGAUACUACUGACCAGACAAGCUGUUGACCAGGCACCUCCCUUCCCACCCAGACCUUUUCCCCAUGUGCUCAUUAGGGAUAGAGAGCCACUGAGAGGACACUCCCAUUUUCGGUGCCAUUGGUGCCCCGUCCACAGCUCCCCCUAGUAUCCCCCCCCAACAACCACAGUGGGACAGGGAGGUGUGAGGCAAGAAAGACCGUCGGAUUCUUUAGAGAAGACGGCGGAGAAGGCCAGUGUCUGUGGCCCACACGAUCCCACCGUGGUGGCACAAGUCUGGCCCCAUGCCAGCCCCAAUCCAAAACUGACAAGGACAUUUCACGGAACAGUAAAGUUGCACCUGUCUGCUCCAACUCUGACAUGGCUAGGAAGGAGCCCUGAACUUCUGGGUGUAGACUGGCCUGGGCCAUGGGAGAGGGUGGCCUAGGGUGAGGUGGCAUUGCCCCUUAUCAAGGCCUGUCUCCCAGUGGGUGGCACUAGAGAGAAGCCAUGGAGGUGGCAGGGCGAGGCACAGGCAGGCUGGCCCAAGGCCAUGUCCAGCCAACAGCAGGGUAAGAGAGAUUCCUAGUUGGUCAAGAACAGUCUGUGACUAGUAGUUAGGGACUUAGCAGGAGGGACAAGGAAAAGUAGGGAGGAGAGGAAAAUGUUCUUCCAAUUACUUUCCAGUUCUCCUUUAGGGAUAGCUUAGAAUUAUUUGCACUAUUGAGUCUUCAUGUUCCCACUUCAAAACAAACAGAUGCUCUGAGAGCAGAUUGGCUUGCAUUGGUGACACUGUCCCGCAAGCCACCAGACGUGAUGAUGUUCAGAACUACCUGGAUCUGUAUAUACCUGCGCUUGUUUUAAAGUGGGCUCAGCACAUAGGUUCCCACGAAGCUCCGAAACUCUAAGUGUUUGCUGCAAUUUUAUAAGGACUUCCUGUUUGGUUUCUCUUCUGUCCUUCCAUUUCUGCCAAUCUUCAUUUCUUCCCCUUCUUCUCUUCCCCCUACCUCCCAGUUCAUGCCCUUCUGUUCCAGGCAGCUGCAGUGCCCAACCAAAUGCUGAGCUGACCCCAGUAGCCUUCAGCCCUUAGGACUCUCCCUGCCCUACUGCCCACUGCCAGCACCAGUCUCACCAUGUCUCAGCCCUGUGAGAGCCCUGGGCUCUGCUGAGUCUGCCCUGGCCUCUAGAGAGUGAGAGGGUCACUAGGUCUUGCUCUCCUAGGUCGCCCCUCUUCCCUGGUUUAAAAAAACAAUUUAAAAAAAAAAGGUAAAAGGCUUUUCCGACCCCAAACAAUGAGCCUUUCCACCCUUCUACUAUCAAAAAAUGGGGGUCAGGGAAGCUGGGCCACGUUUGGUAGCUGAAAGAGGCACAGAGCUCCCACUCAACCCCACCGUGGCCUGCCAGAGUUAUUGAGUGCCGCCACAGGGGCCCCGCGCCCACCGUCCUUGUCCCACUGAGAAGUCUAGGAUCUAGCACAGUGUAGCAGGGCAAAGGCAGACUCUUGAGACUGAGCUCUGGGAGUGGCAGCUGGGCUUCCCCCACCACCACCACCACCACCACCACCACCACUAAGUCCUUUCCUAGUGGAACGGUUUAGCUUUUGCUCCCUAGAGACGGGGUGGAGCCUGCACACCACGAGUUUCCAUCACUGGUCUGUCUGUGUGGCAUGGGGUUUAGACGCUUGGGCUUGCUGUGAGGUUUUCAUUAAUCAGUUUUCAUUUGGGACCCCAAAGUUUUAACCUCCAUUCAGGAAGUCCUUAUCUAGCUGCAUAUCUUCAUCAUAUUGGUAUAUCCUUUUCUGUGUUUACAGAGAUGUCUCAUAUCUAAAUCUGUCCAACUGAGAAGUACCUUAUCAAAGUAGCAAAUGAGACAGCAGUCUUAUUCUUCCAGAAACACCCACAAGGCACGUCCCAUGUAAGCUGCUGCCAUGAACUGUCAAGUGCGUGUUGUCUUGUGUAUUUCAGUUACUGCCCCCCAGCUUCCUUGCUACAGUGUAGUAGUCAUGAAGGAGUGAAACAUCAUAGAAACUGUCUAGCACUUCUUUGCCAGUCUUUAGUGGUCGGGAACCGUAGUUGACAGUUCCAAUCAGUAGCUUAAGAUAAAACUGUGUUUGUCUCUUCUGGAAUGGUUAGAAGUGAGGGAUUUUUUCCCCCAUUCUGUUUGUAGAGUCAUAGUUGGACUUUCUAGCAUAUUUGUAUCCAUUUCUUAUACUGUAAAAGCAACUCCUGCAAGCAGACUCCGCCAGCCAGGCCCCAUCCCUUCUGCCUGCUCUGCUGUUGGUCCUCCGGUCUCACUUCUGACUCCUCACCAGGAAGGGAAGUGGGGAUCACAGGAGAGUAUUGGGAAUCCAGAAUGAAUCCUUUGGAACUCUUCUUCCUCUAAGGACGAAAGGUCCCUGCUCUGCAGUGGCCUCACGCUGCUGGCAGCCCCAAAGGACACUAGUCCACACAAGCAUGUCACCAAGAGAUGUUUGUUGUGGUCAGCUGGGGGUUUUGUGAGCUAAACUUAGUCCAGUGAAAUGUGGCUCCUAGGCUGGGUGCCAUCUGGUCCUAGGAAGAAGAGUUUAGGGGCCACUAGCCCUUGUGCUGCCUGGGCUGCUUAAGCACUUGUGGUUAGGAGCAUAGUGCUUCAGGUGGCAUUUUCUUUCCCUUGGGCCUCGUCUGCAGCUCCUUUGAUCCUCAGCUUUCCCUUAGAGUUGAUUCCAAAACUGCAGAUGGUACCUGCAGCUCUUUAGGGUUUUCUCCAUUUCACUUUCUUCCCCAUUCCAUUUCCCCCAAAAAUAGGUAUCUUGAGUCAGUGGCCUUCAACCAGGCAGCUUUGGCCAUUUAUCACACUAGCAGCCAGGGGUAAUGUAGCUCACGGGCUGUUUCUGCCUUGGGGUCGGGUUGACAAGAGGUUGGAGGGAAAGCCUUAAGCCAUGGGAUACUCACAAGCUGUGGCUGGCCCAGAUUUGGGAUGUGACCUGGAUUUAUUUGUAUUCAAACAUAAUGAAGAAUUUAGGAGCUAGCCACCAGCCUUCAGAUACCUGGGGCUGGGUUGUUAAGGUCACAUCCAGUCAGUGUCCCUAAUCCUGGUCUAGUUGUUAGGUACUACCUCCUCUCCCAACAGAAAGCUAUAUGUCCUCCAACUCCUCCCAGGUAUCAUCGUGCUGGUCUGGCCCUGUUCUGCCCUGCCCUGCCCUGCCCUGCCCUGCCCUGUCUUGCUCUCUAGUGGCUCUGUCAUAUAAUCAGCGAAAUUGUCAGCCUUCACAGUGCAGUGAGCUGGGUAUCCUUGGCCAUGGCCAGGCUCUGGGACAGCGCCUUUUUACUGGUACUGUAUUCCUAUAAGAAAAGGCACAGGGAACACUUGGAAAUGCCACCUCCCCCAAGUCUCUCAUUGCCAAACUAGCCAAGGAUGCCAGUCUUAGCUAAAGGGAUGGUUAAAAACUAUGACCCUGGUAUGGGUACAGACAACACAGUGGUAGCAUUCCAGGCUAGAGGCCACAAGCAUUGGAAAUGGGAAUCAAAGCCGCACCCAAAUUGUCGCCUGUUUCUGUACCCAGCGUGUCAUUUACUGUUGACAGUGAUCAUGAAAAAGGGUAAAAACCAGAAGCAGACUACGAAGUUUGGUGGCGGGAGGAGUUUCCUUAGCUGACAAGACCUCUGGAUUUUAAAUAACUUUUACUAAGUGGCUUAAGCCCAGGAACGAACAAAGGGGUAUGAACUGGAUUCACCAGGUGGGACCAAGUGCAUUUUAUUCAGCCCAAGUUGAAGCUCCCAGAGCAUUCCGGACAAGCUCUCUGGGCUGACUGAGCUAAAGGAGAUCACAGGUCCUGGUCCUUUUGAGAAAACCUUUGCGUAUCUCUCAUUGUAGCCUGAAUCUUUGCCCCAGAUUAUGUCCUGAUUCAGUUGCUCAGACCUAGAGAUUCUAGGAGUUGUGGCGUAGACUUUGGGAAGGAAGCGUUUUCUAGAGCUCCUAUACGCCGUGAUAGAGGUAGCAGAGUGCCCAGUUGAAGAGGGCCUGGGGAAGUAGGGAUUGGGUCAAAGCCAGGACAGAUGCAGCAGAGCCCCAAGCCUGGGCUAAACCCUCUGCUUCCUCUGUGUCCUCUUUUCACUCUUCCUCCCUGCUCUCUGCUUCAGUGAACCAGCUCUACUCUGAAGGGAUUCGGUGAUUCUCUCCAUUUUGGUGUCUUUCUUUCUCUUUUAGAUACUCUAUCAAUCUUUAGAAGAAGCUUAGUCUAAUUGUUAUAAAUCGCUAGGAUACUGCCUCCCCCAGGGUCUAAAAUUACAUAGCGAAGGGGAAAAAUUGAACACUGAAACCAAUUCUCAACAAUUUAGAAGGAAAACCUUGAAAACAUUUAGCAGAAAAUUACAUUUUGAUGUUUCUGAAUAAGAGCAAGCUUUUGCAAAAAUGCUAAUCUAAAAAUACUUAAUGCUUGGCCUAAGAUAUCUGGUGAGUGUUACUGGCAAAAGGAAUUCCAGUCUGAAGCCUCCUGCAUCUGAGGUAGAACGAGGGACCGCUUGAGGUUCUGGGUCUUUUAUCAAGAGAACGCCAUUCAAUUGCUUGGGGAGCAGUCCCCAAGGACGUAGCUUGUGACCCUGUUUGUUAUUGGGGUGGUAUGGAGGCUGGUAGCCUGACUGGUCCCAAAGCUACAAGAGGCUUUCUCUGUGUGUAGAGAGUAGAACAUUCACCGAUGAGAGGGAAAGCUUGGCACCACACCACUUCCCGCUCUCUGGCCUCCUGCGCUGGGACCUCCCUUCCACAUGCCUCCUAUUCUGCUCCCCUUAGAGAGGUCUUGGGUGCAGAUGAAGUGGCUGUGUGGCAGGCACCCCAGCAUUCCAUUCUGAACUUGCUCCUCCCCCCAGAGCCUCUUGCUGCCUUUCCAAGCCAUCUGCUUGCCCUCUUGGGAGGCAAAAGAACCUCUGGGGUGAAGGAGUGAGGGCAGACCCCUCCCCACCCCCCCAGGCUUCACCCAGACCAGGCCUCAGAUCCUCACAGAACAAAGUCUAGCCUUUGAAUCCACGAACAUUUGCAAAUGGCCUUUGCCCUUCACUCUUCCCUCCCAUCUUACCUUUUAUCAGGUCCUGCUCAGCAGUGAGAGCAGAUGUGGUUUAAAAAAAAAAAAAAAAAAGGCCGUGAGGGUUGGCUCCUGCCCACUGAUAGUCCCUCUCCCCGCAGUGUUCGUGUGUCAAGUGGCAAAGCUGUUCUUCCUGGUGACCCUGAUUAUAUCCAGUAACUUAUAGACUAUACACAUAGGCCUGCUUUAUCUCCUCUAUCCUGGGCUUUUGUUUUGCUUUUUAGUUUUGCUUUCAGUUUUCCUGUCCUUUUUUAUUUUGUGCACCGACUAGACACACAAAGCAGUUGAAUUUAUAUAUAUAUAUAUAAAUAUAUCUGUAUAUUGCACAGUUAUAAACUCAUUUUGCUUGUGGCUCCACACAAAAAAGACCUGUUAAAAUUAUACCUGUUGCUUAAUUAUAAUAUUUCUGAUAAUCAUAGCAUAGGACAAGGGAAAAUAAAAAAAAAGAAAAAAAAAAAGAAAAAAAAAGACAAAUCUGUCUGCUGGUCACUUCUUUGGUGCAAGCAGAUCCGUGGUCUUUUCUCGCUUCUUUCAAGGGCUUCCCUGUGCCAAGCGAAGGAGGCUCCAGGCAGCACCCAGGUUUUGUACUCCAUUUCACCUGUGCUUGUUGAAGGGGUCCCAGAUUCUGGGUACAGAAGAGUUCACCUCAGCAGGUGGAUGCAGGAGUACUCCCUUGACCUGCUGAAGUCAACUUCGUGGGCACAGCCUGGUCCCCUUCAUCUCGGGGCGGGGGGGAAGCUGGAGGGCACAGGGUGGGGUGAUGCCCCAAUCCUUCCAGUGAUCUGGUGAGGGUAAGCCCAUGUGCAGCUGGCCUGAGAGGCCUCCCCAACACCCCUACCGGCGAGGCUCAAAGCAUCUCACCCUGUCCACUUUGCCCGGUCCAGGGGCUGGAGGGGAGAUGGGAGACCUAGCCUAACUCUAGACUGGUGAGCUACACCAGGUAGAAUGCUAGACACCCCAGAAUCACAUACGACAGUCCGGUAGGUCCCAUCCAGGAAGUAGCAAAGACUCCAGAAACAUCCCUUUCUCUUCUCCCCAUUCCCAUAAGUAAUUGCAUUUGCUUUUGUAAUUCUUAAUGAGCAAUAUCUGCUAGAAAGUUUAGCUGUAACAGUUCUUUUUGAUCAUUUUUAAGUCAUUCAAAACACCAAAAAAAUAAAUUCCAGAACUUGUUCUUCCAAAGCAGAGAGCAUUAUAAUCACACCAGGGCCAAGAUCUGUUUCCCACCCACCCACCCACCAUCGCUUCUUCUGAGGCCAGAAUCCAAUUGAGACAAUUGUAGGCCCUCAGAGUGGCCCGACUCCUCUUGGGCAUGUUGGAGGACUUAAGGCUGGGGCAGCCUCUGGGUCCACGUUCCUCCAGAGUCUGCUCCAGUGCGCGAUCAGUAUUAGUAGUAGAUCGCGACAUUUCUUUCCCAGCCAGCCUGGUAUGGAGGCAAGAGGCUAUUGUUGCUGAUUUGUCAGCCACUGACCCGAUGGGUGACCACAUGUGUCCCCCAUUCUUUCUGACUGACCUGAAAUCAGCACCCAAAGUUAGCCUCAUGGGUUGCCAUCUAGCCCCGCCCAGUUCAGUGUUUCUGAGAGAGCUGGACAGUGGAGUACAAAGGCUUGCCGAACUUCAAGCCUGCUCCUUCCCUUGCUACUACCAUGGCCUCCUUUUCCAUUUGAUUUGUCACUGCUUCAAUCAAUAACAGCCGCUCCAGAGUCAGUAGUUGAUGAAUAUAUGACCAAAUAUCACCAGGACUGUUACUCAAUGUGUGCCGAGCCCUUUCCUCUUGCUGGGCUCCCCGUGUACCUGGACACUGUAAUGUGUGCCGUGUUUGCUCUCCUCCUCUUCCUCCUCCUUUCCUUGCCCUCGCCUUGUCUUUCUGGGGUUUUUCUGUUUGGGUUUGGUUUGGUUUUUAUUUCUCCUUUUGUGUUCCAAACAUGAGAUUUUUCUCUACUGGUCCUUUUAACUGUGGUGUUGAGGCUUAUAUUUGUGUAAUUUUUGGUGGGUGAAAGGAACUUUGCUAAGUAAAUCUCUUCUGUGUUUGAACUGAAGUCUGUAUUGUAACCCUGUUUAAAGUAAUUGUUCCAGAGACAAAUGCUUCUAGACACCUUUACCAACAAGGAAAGCGUUUGGAGGGAGGGGGAUGGCAACCGAAACAAGAGGGGUGAUCUGAAAAGAUGACCCUUGCCCUGAUCAGCCAGAAACCGCCCAAAGAGGGAGUCACGUCCCAAGCCACAGCCGCUCUGUGGCCGUUUUCAAAGUCACAGCAAAACCAGUUUGGGUUCCACCCAGUGGAUCCUUCCAGCUCCACACCCCUGGAUUCUUAGCAUCAUUGUUUUUGAGGAAAGACAAAAUUGAUGCUCCUUGAGAGCCAGGGGAGGAUGGGAGAGUAGAGCUUCUGUGUCAUCGCUGAAGAGGGUGGGAGGGAGGGAAGAAGAGAUUACUUAGGCCUGAGCUUGGAGUCAGAUGCCUCACUGUGGGGCACAGGUGAGGCCAGUGGGCUGGCUACUUCCUACCUGAUGUACCUUUUCCUGGACAAAGCCAGACAGUAGGUAUUAUUAUCUCCAAGGCAUGCUGUGGGGAGGGGAGAGAGCAUUACUAUCAGGACACUUCUGUCACACCCCAUCCUAUCCCUGCAUACACAUCACUAAUGAGAUAUCUCCAUUCCCCACUAUCCCAGGGUUAUAAAAUGACAGCAGAGUGUCUCUCUCUCGCCUCCCCCCUACACUUCUCUUUCACUCUCUCCCCACCCCUCCUCUCUGCUGUCAUCUAAUCCCCAGCAAAAUUUGGAUAUGAGACACUCCCUUCUCUUUCCAUGGCAAACAGAUCCUUCGCAAUGAAGUACAGAUUGUUCUGGGCUUGUGGAACAGGGACAGAGCUGUGCUCCCUUAUUGCCUCAGGCGAGGAAAGUGCUAUGUGUAGUGAUCACUUGCACGUGGAGUAGAGUCCCUGGAAGAAUCAGGCAAGGUGUCUGCCCCUCCCAGUCCAAGUCCUGCUCCCUUCUGCCAGCCUGAAGGCUGAGACCUGUGGGCCAGUGCUGCCAGUGACAGGCCGCCCCGUGCUGAAAGCUGGCUCCAGCCUGGAAGCCUGUGUGAGGUUGAGCUGGGCACGUAGGGCAUGGGGAGAGACCCGGGACAGACUUAGCUGGAGGGGUCUUUAAAAAGCCCUCUGUUGCAUUCACCUUCGGUUUUUGUGUUUUGGGACAAUUACUUUAGAAAAUAAGUAGGUCGUUUUAAAAACAAAAAUAUUGAUUGCUUUUUUGUAGUGUUCAAAAGGUUCUUUGUGUAUAGCCAAAUGACUGAAAGCACUGAUAUAUUUAAAAACAAAAGGCAAUUUAUUAAGGAAAUUUGUACCAUUUCAGUAAACCUGUCUGAAUGUACCUGUAUACGUUUCAAAAACACCCCCCACUGAAUCCCUGUAACCUAUUUAUUAUAUAAAGAGUUUGCCUUAUAAAUUUACAUAAAAAUGUCCGUUUGUGUCUUUUGUUGUAAAAUCAAGUGGUUUUUCAUAAGGUUCUUUUACUAUUUGAAAAGAUGGGCAGCACGCAGUUUUAUUUUAUUUUUGUAAGUUUUUUAAUACAUGUGAAAGCAAAGAAUACUCAGCAUGCCUUUCUAAGUGACGCGUUUGCACCUUUUGUUGGGAAGUACUGUAUCCUGUGCUGUUAGCAUUCUCGAUAAACCUCUCUGUGAAAGUGA